GAAAUACAGAAAUAGUCAUAUUUGAUAACUUUAAGUGCCUUAAAACACCCCUCGAAAAUUUUUCUCCCGCCAACCUCCAGGGGGCACGCUGCGUAUAUUUUACUCAAAAAGCUAUGAUUUUACGGGGAAUUGAUUAUAUAUAAGCGAUUUAGAUCCUCGAGAAACCUCUAUUAAAUGAUAUAAUUCAUAAAUUUUCUUUAAAAGUGCCCUAAUUCACGGUUGUCAAAUGACAUAACCCUAUUUGCGGUUUGAACAUGACAUGCGACAGUGGAAGCCUUUGCCAGCUGAUCUGUUCCCAUGAACAUGGCACAAACAGGUUCAUCCUGUGAAGUCAGUGAAAAUCGUGCCAACUUGAAACGGAAGAGAAAUUCUACAGAUGAUGAGGUGGAGAGCAUGCCACCUGUGAAGCUCGUGGCCAAGCUAGAGGAAGAGUUGGAUGACCAACCAGCUCACAAUGUUGUUGUGGAAUCUUCAUCAUGCUCGAGCAAUGAGGAAAGUCCUGAGCAGCCGGGGAAUGAGUUUACAGACUUUGAUUAUAAUCCAGAUAGUUUCUUAAGCCCACCGAGUAUACCAGAAUUACCAAACUGUGUGCUGAGUCCUUUAGAAAAUGUUGCCAGAGGCGAGUGUACUCCACACUCUAAUAAGAGGCCCAGCACUAGUAUUCCCCACUGCCCCUCACCUCCCAAACGCAAGUGUCCUCUGCCAGGGCUGUCCUGGGCUGACCCCAUAGAUGUAUGGAGAUGGAUGUGUGAGUGUGACGCCAGAUCCAGCCUGAAGAAGAACCCCUAUAUGUUUGACAAUCAUCCUAAUCUCCAACCGAGGAUGAGAGCUAUAUUACUGGACUGGCUGAAUGAGGUAUGCGAGGUAUACAAGCUGCACAGAGAAACGUUCCACCUGACCGUGGACUACGUGGACCGAUACCUGACCAACACUGACAACGUGCAGAAGGGACGCUUGCAACUCAUUGGUAUAACAUGCUUGUUCAUAGCAGCAAAAGUAGAAGAAGUUUACCCACCGAAGAUAGGCGAAUUCGCGUACGUCACCGACGGCGCUUGUUCCACGGAAGAAAUUCUACUAGAGGAAUUGCUAAUACUGAAAAUACUAUCGUGGAGCAUCACGCCUAUCACGAUAAACAGCUGGUUGAAUAUUUAUAUGCAGUUAGCGAGUGAAGGGAGGAGUGCAAAGAGACGGUUGCUUGGCGAGAGCGACGUAGGCAUCAACGCACUGCGGGGCUACACUUUCGUGUUCCCGCAGUACUCUUCGUUGGAGUUCGCGGUGUGCGGCCAACUCGUGGACCUGGCCGUGCUGCACGUGGACGUCAACAAGUUCGCGUACAGCGCCGUGGCCGCGGCCGCCAUCGCGCACGCCUUCAACAAGGAACUAGCUCUGCGAGUGUCGGGUUACAGUUGGGAGGUGCUGCAGGGUUGCUACACGUGGCUGACGCCGUUCGUGUCGUGCGUGCGCGCCGCCGGCGGCGUGAGCGCGGUGCGCGGCGGCGACGGCGAGCACGUGCAGCGCGGCGCGGGGCUGCAGCUCAUCUGCCCCGACCUCAAUGUCGACGAGAGCCACCGCAUACAGAUGCACAACGUCUCGCUAGACAUGUUUGACCAAGUGUGCCAGCAGCAGCUGGAGCAGACCACACAGCUCACGGCGUCCACGUCGCACACGGAGCACGUGUACCCGCCCACGCCGCCGCAGUCCGACGAGAAGAGCCCCUCCACGCCCACCACCACGCCGUCCACGCGGCCGUGCCCGCUGCCGCCCAUCGCCGACUGAACUCAACCCAGGCUGAGAUCUAUGUUGCGUACUUUGACAUUCCUCAGCAGGGUAUGACAUAAUUACAUCUCGCCAAUAUUAAUAAAAUUCGAACUCCGAAACACUUCCAGGUUAGCCCGCUUCCAUCUUCGACUGCAGUCAAGGGCUAAUUUGUAUCUCAUUUUUAAAAAACUUCAAAGUAAAAUAUAACUUAACAGACUUGUUUUGAAGCUCAAGUUUGUGUACAUGUGUACGAGAACAAUGUGAUUUGGGCUCGACUGUAUCAGUAGGAAGAAUUCCCUAGGAGUAGAUGUCAUGCUCAGUGUCCAGUUGGUGAUUGGUCCAACCUUGUAUCUUGUCAUAUAGUAUAGGCUGCUGAAUUAACUUCUAACGCUAGCGUGAUUCAACCUUAACAAUAAGUCAUCGAAUAUACUUGUGCUGCCAUCUAGAAGUUUCGGCGCUCUCUAAUUCUUCAACUUUGGCGGGAUAUUAAAUCUCAAACUAUCCCUACAGAACUUAGAGUUAGAACGGACGCAUUCAUGUGAGUCAUAUGUCAGUGUCUCUGUUUUAACUCUAAGUUAAAUUC